GCUUAUGGUUAAUACCUAGCUUGGGCUCCGUCUGCAUCAAAUCUCCCAUGUUCGGCAAAAGAAAAUGGAAUAAGUGAUUUACCUGAGAGGUUUUAAGGACAAGAAGCCUAUUGAACAGUUUUACGAAGAAGGCGAUCCCAGUUUUCCUCCAAUGUGAAGGGAAAGGUCGAUCACUGGAGAGAUGAACGAGAGUGUAAUGUCCAAUGAAAGCGAGGCUGGGGUGCCCGCGGCCUCAUGGACGGACGCUGGAGUCUCAAACCGCAGCCUUGCGCUCUCACCCUCAUCUCCUGACGUUCCCGUAAAUCCGUGGGACAUCAUGCUGUGCCUCUCUGGCACUGUGAUCGCGUGUGAGAAUGCUAUAGUGGUUGCGAUCAUCUUCUACACGCCGACACUGCGCACUCCCAUGUUUGUGCUGAUCGGUAGCCUCGCGACCGCCGACCUUCUCGCGGGGAUGGGAUUAAUUCUGAAUUUUGUGUUCCAGUACCUGAUCUCCUCGGAGACCAUCAGCCUUAUAACGGUCGGCUUCCUCGUGGCCUCUUUCACCGCCUCCAUCAGCAGCCUCCUUGCCAUCACGGUCGACCGCUACUUCUCCCUCUACAAUGCCCUAACAUACUUAUCAGAGAAGACGCUGCACUUUGUGCACCUGAUGGUGGUGGGCACGUGGGGCGCGUCGUUGUGCCUCGGGCUGUUACCCGUGCUGGGCUGGAACUGUCUGGACGACGUGGCCUCGUGCAGCAUUGUGCGGCCCCUGAAGCGGAGCAACGUCACCUUGUUAGCCGUGUCCUUUUUCGUGAUUUUCGUGGUCAUGCUUGGCCUGUAUUUCAAAAUCUGUAAGAUUGUGUGCCGCCACGCGCACCAGAUCGCGCUCCAGCAGCAUUUCUUCACCUCGUCGCAUUAUGUGGCCACCAAGAAGGGAGUAUCCACGCUCGCAAUUAUUCUUGGCACAUUUGGUGCGAGCUGGCUGCCAUUUGCCAUUUACUGCUUGGUAGGUGAGCGCGAAUACCCAGCUGUCUACACCUAUGCCACAUUACUCCCCGCUACCUACAAUUCCAUGAUCAAUCCGAUCAUUUACGCCUACCGGAACACCGAGAUACAGCGCUCACUGUAUGCGCUAUUCUGUGGCUGCUUUCAAACUGUGUCAUAUCGCUCAAGAUCGCCAAGCGAGGUCUAGAUUUUUUGUAAGUUAAUCUGAGAACGACAGAUGCUGUUUCUGCUAUUGCUUUACAUUGUCUCUGCUAAAAACGAACGCGUGAAUUCAACGCUUGUCUGUUGCGCAAUUGCACUUUACUAAGACUCGAGCCAACGGAGAGUCCCUCUAAAUACUGUGAACAACAGACUUUUGUGAUCGACAAAGCAACAAACUCUUAUCAAGAAUGUAUUUAAACCAUCUAAAGUGGGAGACUAGCACUUUACAGGAAGAUAUUAAAUGCCAAAGCAGUAUUGUAUAGCCCUGUAUUUAAAGUACUGUUUAUGAGUUUAUUUGUGUGAUGGAUAUUUUUUAACUUGUAAAAUUAUGACUGUACAUUUUAUACGAGAGAGAACAUAAAUAAAAAAGGAAA